AUGGACGUCUACAACAGAUAUUGCAACCCUGCUGGUUCAGAUAAUGCAAACGCCUCUGUUGCCUGUGCUACAACUGGAAAGGCGGCGGUCGCGCUUGGUGGAAUAACUGUACAUGCAGCGUUCAGACUUACCAUCAACAGGGAUGGCGGACUGCGGGACAACGAGUUGAACACGUUCCGCUAUGCGUUGAGGAACGUCAGGUGCGUGAUUAUCGAUGAGGUUAGCAUGAUGUCCACGGACAUCCUUCAGAGAGUGGACUCGCGACUCCGCAUCAUCACUUGCAAAUACCUAGAGCCUUUCGGCGGGUUAGACAUCAUCCUCUGCGGAGACCUGCGCCAGCUUCUCCCCGUUCGUGCCGCCGAGGUUUUCGAGCGUGUCAAGACGAACAGUGUGUUUAACACGGAAAUCGCAUGGCACCAUUUGUUAUACUUUGUCCUCACGAAGGUCGUAAGGCAAAGCGAUCUCAGGUUUUACACUAUACUUACCAAAAUUAGAAACGGUGCAGAAUUCGAUUCCGAAGAAAUCGCAUUGAUCGAGAGUCGGCUCGUCACGCAACAACAAGCAGAAACGUGUUGUCCCGGUGGCAUCCGCUUGUACUACUCCAACAAGGAAUCGGACUACUACAAUACGAACACGGCCAUUGCAACCGAAGAUAAUUCUGUGGCAUAUGCGGCACGGGACACAAUCGUUGGAUUCAGGUCUAUGAAGGAGAAAACAGAGGCAAUGCGCAAGGCCGAAACACUGCCCAAGGCCGAACUCGGAAAUCUGCCAGCUAAUAUAAUGCUAUGCAUUGGAAAACCAUAUAUGCUCACACUCAAUGUCGAUGUUUCCGACGGUCUGGUCAAUGGAUCUGUUGGAAUACUCCAAUACAUACAAUACGACACACUCCAAGAGCCGGAACGCAUCUGGCUGCAUUUCGACAUCAACGGGCUCUACCUCACCAAUGUGGACAAUGACUUUACGUUCUACCACGGCAAGCCCAAUCCCGACAGGGCACUACUUGAUGAGUUUCGUCGUCUGCAGUCACACAAACUCCAAACUGUCACUGCUAAGUGCUACGCAAUGAUUGAGCAACCGCACUUGUUCUCAGUCGCCGCGCUUAAUGUUCGCUCUCUGCCGGCGCAUUCCAAGGACGUGCACCACGACCCCAUCCUACGCCAUGCAUCUGUACUUUGCCUCUCGGAAACGUGGAUAGAUCCAAAACAGGCGGUAGAAAUCAUGAACUACCAGUACUGCUGCGGCGUCAGUAGAGAGCACAACAGAGCGGCGGGGGUGACCAUCUACGUGCGUAAAGAUCACAAGGCUUCCUUCAUAACAGUCAAGGACUGA